AUGGCCGCCAUCGCCACGAACGCCACCGCCCUCGUCUUCGCCGCCGCGGCGAAGACGAGCACGACGAGCCGCCGCGCGGCGCGCGUCGCCGCGUCCCCCGCGCUCGCGAACGCGCGCGUCUUCGCCGCCGCGCCUCGCGCGGCGUUCGCGAAAUCGUCGCUUCGCGUUUCCGUGACGACCCGCGCGGCCGCGGAGGAGGGCGAGCCGUACGGCGUCUUCAAGCUCAACUACGACAUCUCGAACGACGUCGCGGCCAAGUCCGCGGGGUGGAAGACCCCGAUCGUCGUCGCCGUCUCCGGCGCGGCGGGGCAGAUCUCGAACCACCUCCUCUUCAAGAUCGCCUCCGGCGAGGUGUACGGCGCGGACCAGCCCAUCAUCCUCAACCUCCUCGGCUCCGAGCGCUCCAAGGAAGCGCUCGAGGGCGUCGCCAUGGAGCUCGAGGACUCGCUCUACCCGCUCCUCCGCCAGGUCAACAUCGGGAUCGACCCGCUGAAGAUCUUCAAGGACGCGGAGUGGGCGCUGCUCAUCGGCGCCAAGCCGCGCGGGCCCGGGAUGGAGCGCUCGGAUCUCCUCGAGAUGAACGGCCAAAUCUUCGUCGAGCAGGGCAAGGCGCUGAACGAGGUGGCGAACAAGACGUGCAAGGUGUGCGUCGUCGGUAACCCGUGCAACACGAACGCGCUCAUCGCGAUGGAGAACGCGCCGAACCUCGAUCGGAAGAACUUCCACGCGUUGACGCGUCUCGACGAGAACCGCGCCAAGUGCCAGCUGGCGCUCAAGGCGGGCGUGUUCUACGACACCGUCUCGAACGUCACGAUCUGGGGGAACCACUCCACGACGCAGGUGCCGGAUUUCGUGAACGCGAAGAUCGACGGCAAGAAGGCGGUGGAGGUGAUCGGCGACGACGCGUGGCUCGAGGAGGAGUUCACGCCGACGAUUCAGACGCGCGGCGGCGCGUUGAUUAAAAAGUGGGGCCGGUCCUCCGCGGCGUCCACCGCGGUGUCCAUCGCGGACGCGAUCAAAUCCCUCGUGACGCCGACGCCGGAGGGCGACUGGUUCUCCACCGCGGUCAGCACGGACGGGAACCCGUACGGGAUCGCGGAGGGGAUCGUGUUUUCGAUGCCGUGCCGCAGCAAAGGGGACGGGUCGUACGAGAUCGUCGAGGGUUUGGAGAUCAACGACUGGCUCCGCGAGAAGAUCAAGGCGAGCGAGGAGGAGCUCACGAAGGAGGCGGACUGCGUCUCGCACCUCACGGGGAAGCUCGGCGGCGCGUGCGAGCUCCAGGGCGCGGGCACGGACACGAUGCUCCCGGGCGAGAACUGAGCGCGAAAGCAAAGCGCGCCACGGCGGGUUCACCAUAUUAUUCCUUUUCCGCGCGAUGCCCGCGGCCGAAAUACGGCUGGCGUCAGUCGCGAUCGAUUAUCGAUUCAUUGCAGUAUGCGCACGCGCGAGUGAAUAACUCGUGUCGUUAUAUAUAUAAAAAAUAUUGUGUCACGU